AAACAACCCCACUCCGGCCUAGAGCGCGGAGGCCCGGGAGCGGCGUCGCCAUGGCAACGGGCGCCGGCAGGAAGCGAGGGACGCGCGCGAGGGCGGGCGCGGGGAGGGGGCGGGCCGGGGGAGGGGUCGGCUGCCCCGGAAGCACCUCCCCGCAGCCCCCUCCCCGCCGGCCCGCGGCCCCCCGGCCUAGGCCCCCCACCCUCGCGGCGGGGCAGGAAGUGACAGGCCCGCGCGAGCCCCCGGCCUGGCGGAGCCGCGGCGCGGCCGGCACCCGGACAGCGGGAGGGGCGGGGAGCGGCGGCCGCGUCGGGCACCUCCCACCGCGCCUGGGCCCCCGCCCCUCCAGGAAGGGGAGGAGGCGGCGCGCCGCCGAGGCCGAGCGGCCCCCCUCCCCCGCCCUGAGGUGGACGCCCCCCGCGAGGACUCGGGUGCGGAGCCGGGCGCGAAGGUAA